GGACAAUGAUAAAUUUUAUGAUCAGAUCACCAAUUAUUCAAGCAUUGCAUUUGGUUGUGGUUUUUGCCAUUACCCACAUUACUUGGUUCACUCUUGGUCCCUGUUUUAAAGCAAUGGUAACAACUCAGUCUCAAUUCUGUCUUUUAAGUAAUUUCUAUGCAUUCUCUGUAGAUGUCACAGAGGUUCCUAGUGAAGUUUGGAGGACAUUACUGUUGACCUUCAAUCAUUUGAUGCAUGAUGCAGGUGAACAUUAUUUACUCCAUUUACUGCCUUCUCAAUGAUUUGGUCUUCCUGAUCUAACAAUGCUCUGUUUAAGGUUUUGGACUUUUGGUACUUCUCUCAGUUUCUUCUCUCCUCUACCUUGUGUGAAGUAACGAUUCCCAAGAAUCUCUAUUUGAUCCGAGGGAAAUGCAAUAUCACAGACCCUCUCUAUUCAGACCCAAAGGGUCCUCAGCUUCCCUCGAAGAUAUCAUAAUGCUCCUGAAAAUAUAUGCUGAUACAAGAAAUUUGAAAUCAGGUUCAAUAUUCCAUGGUCAACUGAUCAAAACUCCUCGAGCCCAUGAAGAAAACGUAAUUCAGACGAACUCCCUGAUCAAUUUCUAUGCCAAGUGCGGCCGAAUUUCAGUUGCCUUUCAAUUGUUCAGUGGAAUGACUAAGAGAAAUAUAGUUUCUUGGAGUGCAUUGAUGGCGGGUUAUCUCCAUAUUGGGCUUGCUUAUGAAGUUCUCACAUUGUUUAGAAGUAUGAUUUUGAGGGUAUCUCUGCAACCCAAUGAAUAUAUAUUUGCUACUGUUAUCUCUGCAUAUUCUGAUAUUAGAGCACUUGAACCCGGAAGGCAGUGCCAUGGUUAUGUAUUGAAGUCAGGACUGGUGUUUCACGCUUACGUGAGAAAUGCACUCAUAUCUAUGUACUCAAAGUGUAUGGAUUUGGAAUCUGCUAUGGUGGUUUUAAAGACCUUGCCACAAUCAGAUACUCUCCCGUAUAAUUCUGUGAUUACUGGGCUUAUGGAGCACGGCCAUUUGAAUGAAGCAUUGGAGGUUUUGGGUAAGAUGGUUACUGAAUUUGUGGAGUGGGACCGUUUCACAUAUGUAACUGUUCUUGGUCUUUGUGCUCAUUUGAAAGAUUUGAAAUUGGGUUUGCAAGUGCACAAUCGGGUUCUGAGGAUGGGUAUAGAGUUUGAUGAAUUUCUUGACAGUGCAAUCAUCGACAUGUAUGGGAAAUGUGGUAGGAUCUUGAGUGCAAGAAAUGCUUUUAUUGGAUUGUGCAAUCACAAUGUGGUGUCAUGGACUGCUAUAAUGGCUGCUUAUGUCCAAAACGGUUGCUUUGAGGAAGCACUGAAUCUGUUUCUGGAUAUGGACCUCAAAGAUGUUGCUCCAAAUGAAUACACAUAUGCUGUUAUAUUGAAUUCUUGUGCAGAGUUAUCUGCUCUUGGACUUGGGGAUCUAUUAAAUGCUCGGACAAAGAAGUGCGGAUUGAAUGACCGUGUCAUCGUCGGGAAUGCCCUGAUCAACAUGUAUGCAAAAAGCGGUAAUAUUGGAGCUGCCUAUCAAGUGUUCUCAGAUAUGGUUUGUCAUGACAUCAUAACAUGGAACUCGAUGAUAUCUGGGUACUCACACCAUGGGCUUGGUAGGGAAGCUCUCUUAGUCUUUAGAGACAUGUUAGCAGCAGAAGAGUUCCCCGACUAUGUUACUUUUGUUGGUGUUCUGUCUGCUUGUGGUCAUUUAUGCCUUGUGGAUGAGGGGUUGUACUAUUUGAACCAGGUGAUGAAAGAAUUUGGAAUCACACCAGGUGUGGAGCACUAUACUUGCAUUGUUGGGCUAUUAUGUAAGGCUGGACUACUCAUUGAAGCUGCAAGGUUCAUGCGGUCUACUCCAGUCCAAUGGGAUGUAAUUGCAUGGCGUACCUUGCUCAGUGCUUGCCAUGUGCAUCAUAAUUUCAAUCUGGGGAGGAGAGUAGCUGAGGUCAUCCUUGAAUUGGAUCCCGUUGAUGCUGGGACAUAUAUCCUACUAUCUAAUAUGUAUGCAAAGGUUAGGAGAUGGGAUGGAGUUGUCAAGAUUCGGAAAUUGAUGAGGGGAAGAGACGUCAAAAAAGAACCAGGGGUGAGCUGGAUAGAAUUAAGAAAUAAAACACAUGUCUUCAUUUCAGAAGACAAGAAACGACCAGAGUCGAUCCUGAUUUACAAGAAGAUCGAGGAGCUACUAGCACAGAUAAAACAGUUGGGCUAUGUGCCGAGCAUAGAUACGGUGCUGCAUGAUGUGGAAGAUGAACAGAAGGAGAAGUAUCUUAGUUAUCACAGCGAGAAACUUGCGGUAGCAUAUGGACUCAUGAACACCCCUGCAGGAGCACCACUCCGCAUAAUUAAGAACCUUAGGAUGUGUGAUGAUUGUCACACUGCUGUAAAACUCAUCUCAUUGGUUACAAAGAGGACAAUAAUCAUUAGAGAUGCUAAUCGGUUCCAUUGUUUUGAAAGUGGUGGCUGCUCUUGUUAUGAUUACUGGUGAAAUCAUUGUUUGGCUCCCUGACCUAGGAGGUGAACUAUAUCAGUUGACCAAAGCUGUUAGCUUAACUAUGAGCUCCUUUCAGGUCUUUCUUGCUUGCUACCAGAUAAGUGUUUGAAAUUGGAUUUGCUUAAAUUGUUUCCAGUUUUCUUUCAUAGGCCAGUUCCAUAGAGACCUGAAGCUAUGUUGAAGUCCAACCGCAACAAAGAAGUGGUUCUGGUGAAAGCAGGUAGUUAAAUUUCAAACAGUUUCUAGAUCUAUCAAAUCUUUUCUCAGUAUUUCAGCUGUGAUGGUCUGCAAAGUAAGCUGGGUGAAGGGUUUCCCUUCAGCCCCUAUGGCCUGAAUCACAUUAGAAAAUUAGUAAAACCAAGUAGCUCUUCUAAGGAUGGCAAGUCAGACACAAACUCUGCGAAAGGAUGCAGGAUGCUGGUAUAGUUUUUUGUUGGCUUUGAGAAAAAGGAAAAGGUGGUUGUUUGUUGGAGCUGGCUUUGGAAGCUUGGCGUCAUACUUAAAAAGGUAGUAUUUCUGCCAAAAAAAAAAAAUG